GUUCAUUCUAUCUCCAUAAUUCCGCUCUCUGCUGUCGCACGUGUCGUCGUGAGACGGGUAUAUUAUAAUAAGUACGUUACUUUUUCCAGAAACAAUAAUAUCAUCAUCAACCCGCAUAAAAAAUACGUAAGCUUCUGAAACUAGCGUAUCCUGCGAAUAAAGUGAUGAUGAGCGAAAAGAUGAUCUGCACGUCCUCGCACACGUCCGGCCCGCGCAAAAGCAGUUUUUUGCCGCGCGGUACCAGUACAACCGUCGUGUGGUCACUAUGGCGUUCUCAAACGUUACAUUCUCAACUGUUACAUGAAUUUGUCAUGCGGAAAUACCAUGAUCAUCCACAAGAUCAAGCUGCUUCGCAUGACAAAUUUGCGAAGGGCUAAACAGCAGCAAAAUCUGCACAAAAUUUGUAAUGCAAAAGGCGCAAUCUUCCUCCGUUGAUUUUUUCCAUUCUUGCAUCACAAAUCCAUGUAACACUUGAGAAUGUAACAGUUGAGAGCGCCAUAGUCACGAGCGCGUCGUGCCGUUGCGCUCCUGUCCGUGGCCGGUACGACACUCCUCUCGUCCCCCUGGUCGCCUUUGUUGGAACAUGAAUUCGAGACCUCCAAAAAUUUUGUCGGGGCCGUGCAACUGGCAGGAAAAUUUUCCCCGAGAUCUCGGGUCGGCGGUCAGGAAAAUCAACAUCAAUCUCAGGAACCACUGAAUGCUUCGCAGCUGAGCGUUCAGGGGCCGUUUCAGCUGCAGAACCCCAUUCCCGCGGACCAGCACCCGGAUGAGUACACGGGGAAAGGCGACUUCAAGCUGGUGCCGCACACGCUCCGGCUGAUGCAGGAACAAAAACUGCCGGGUCCUUUCUACAUCGCCGCUAUCCACGGGGUGCAGCGCGCGGGAAAGAGCACUUUGUUGUCCUUUCUGGCCCGCCGCAUCCUGCAACUGGAGGUCGGGGAGAAGAAGUGGGAGCAGGUACCAGUAUACAACUGAUGUAGUACAACUUCUGUAGACCAUAUUAUCGGUAUUCUACAGCUAAGCCUAAGAGUCGUUCUUGAUGUAUCUACAGCUAAGAGUGGUAAAUGAUGUAGUAAGCUAGUCCACACCACCUCGGCAAUGGGAGAUGAAGGUGUUCUUGAGAUCGAUGUGGUUGAUCAACACCCGCUCAUGUGGUUCCGCGACGAAAGUGAAACAACGGCCCCUGGUUGAGUCACAGCUUUAGUCUUGUAUGUUAAAACUCAAUAUAAUCUGUAGUAUGGCGUAGGGCCGCCAGGAGCGCGAGGAGGACCUCCGCAGGAACAUACUGGUACAACAGCGGGACGAGCAGACCACUAGGUGGUGCAAAUACCAGCAGAUCUUCGUGAGAGCAAAGUGCGGUAGUACCAGGAGCUUCUAGCUGUACAACUUGCACAGCUUCUCUUGCACAGUACACACUUGCACAACUUGCACAAGAAGGAAGUUCUUGUGCUGAAAAAUGUGCACAACUUACUAUGCCAACGACGAGUACAUCAACAUCUUCAUCAAUUUGAACUUAAGUACAUGAUCUCUCAGGUGCCGCAGCAGGUGCAGAAGUAUCGGUUCGCGACCUCCAACCAGCUGACGUCCCACACCAAGGGCCACUGGAUCUGUUGGUUUCCCUUCCGCGGCGGCACCAUGAUUCUGAUGGACAGCGUAUCCUGAGUAAAAACGUCCCCACACCAGAGUUGUCAUGCAGAUUUGCAUUGACAAGGUCAAGGACAUUUGUGAUGCGCAUACCCAUGGUAGCCAUUUCCAAUCGUGUUUUGGAAUUUGUGAUGCUGUGAACAGGAUAAGCAGAUGGAUCUGUGACGCGGCUGCACUUGCUAACCUGCACUACGCUAUGGAGUGCAACUUGUCAUGCGUGACUCACAAAACUCCUAGGUUUGUAUUGCAAAAUCCCCAUCCUGACUCUGGUGUGGGUACGUUUUUACCCAGGAUACAGCGAAGGGGCCAGCAACCCGGGCCGCGACGAGAAGUUCGACCCCAAGCUGUUUUCUUUCACCUACGGCCUGGCCAGCGUGGUCAUGUUCCGCCCCGAGAGCUAUUACAAUGAAAAACGCCCCCUCCGCAUAUCAAAAUGGAAAUCUGUGAUGCAGAUUUGGGGUCACAAAUCAGCUCUGUAUUGCAGAGAGGCAUUGCGGCCAGAUCCCCCGGCUAGGUAGGCGCGUAUGGGUCUAGUUGUUCAGCAUGGCAAACGGCUCCCCUUUAGUCCCAAGAGCAUGACAAAUCGCUUGCAUAAUGGGGCGGACGCUUCUGCCCUCGUCUCCUUGCAAGACAGAUGUGAUUUGUGGCCUCAAAUCCGCAACGCAAAUUUUUGCAAACAUACAUUUUCGAUAUGGGGAGGGGGGAUUUUUCCUCUCAAUAAGAGCCGCAUCAACGACCGCACCGCGCUCCGCAUGCUCACCGUGGGGCUGGAGGUGGCGCGUCGCGCCCUCACGGCCACCCAGGCCGCGGCCUGCGGGAAGCCGUCGGUGCCCAAGACCACGGGGGGUGGAGCAGCUAGUGCUACAGUCGACCCAGAUGUAGACGAGGUGGCGAACAAGUUCCGAAAGAUUUCGAUGCAGACGGGUGGAGGAAGUUCUGCUGGCUCAAACGGAGCAGGAGCAGCGGACUGCGACAAGACGUUGAUGAUCUUGCUCCGGGAUUGCGCGUGUGAAGGGGGCGACAUUCCGGAAAACUGGGUGCACCACCGCGAGGCCUGCUGCGACGCCGAGAACGGGUCCUUGUUCACCGAUCCACCGGGGGAGAAGUCCUCGGCGCCGAGCGGGUGGACCAAGGUCGACGGAGUAACAUCUUCGGCUCCUUCGGCCGCGACGAACAAGGCGUCCCGAUACCCGCUGCAUAUGGAGCACAUCUUUUUGUUCCCGAACCCCUUCGAGGACAUCGAGACGAAGCAGUUGCGGGUCGCCGCCAAGAAGGACCUGGUGGCGGCCUACGACACGGUAUCAAAGUGAAAAAAGGCCCCACCCCAUAUCAAAACGAAACUUCUGAUGCUGGAUUUGCGUACACAAAUCAGAUUUGUCUUGCAGUAGAGGCCUGCAGGCCCAUAUCAUGCCAAUAUAGAGAAGUUUUGGCCUAGGCACUUAGCAUGGGGAACGCCUAUGCUCUAGGACCAACAGCAUGACAAACCGCCUGCAUAAUGGGUCGGAGCCCAUGCCGUUGCUUUCUUGCAAGACAGACGAUUUGUGGUCACAAAUCAGCAUUGCAAAUUUUCUGAGACGUUCCUUUUCGAUAUGGGGACGAGGGGGGAUGUUUCCUUACGAUACACGGACCCGUCGGCCAUGAGCGAGGAGUACGACGAGGUGCUCAACCGGCUGGUCAAAGAGGUGGUGAAGCACGUGCGCCCGCUCGCCCUCGGGGGCACCACGGUCCGCGAAUCCUGGCAGCUGGUGGAUUUUAUGCGCAAUUCCCUGAUCAAAGACUGCGCCAACGACGACGCGUUUCCGAACAUCCCCCAGGGCGCCAAGGCCAUCCAGGAGGCCUCGCAACAGAAGCUGCGACAGGAGCUGGAGGCGCUGGUGCACACCUGGUACCAGGCGGAGAUCGCGCCGCACGGGGUAUUUCUGGACGACGCGGAACUCGAGAAGAAGAUCGAGACCGCGAUCGGGCAGGCGCGCGCGCAGUGGGACGCCAAGGUCUUUGUGUACGACCAAAGCGCGGCGGAGCAAGCCUGGGCGGACCUGGUGAUGAACCUGCAGGACCGGCAGUUCGCCGGGAUGCGCAAGCAGAACGCGGACGCGAAAAAAAUGCUGUUCCAGAACGACCUGAUCGCAUUCAAGCAGUCUGGCUCCGCGCUGUCGCAGGACGGAAAAUAUGGAUUGCAAAAAUGUCUGGGUCUAGAAACUUGUAAUGCUGCGUUGGGAUUAAUGAUUGCUCUGUAAUGCAAAGCCAAGCAUGAGAAAUAUCUGCGCUUCUUCGUGUUGCGUUUUUCGCAUGAGAAACUGCGUUUUUGCAUGACAGGAAAAAGGGUCUCUUCUUGGACACGCAUCACAAACUUUUUUCUCAUGCCAGACAAGCAUGACAAAUCUCGCAAUCUUCCAGACCCAGACAAUUUUGCAUUUGAUAGAAAGUUCGACGUUGGCAACGGGGACUCCUGGCCGCAAGACAAAAACAUGCGGGUGCAGUUGGGCCAAGGCGGGAAGGAGUCCGGUCCGGGCGAGUACACGGGUCAGAACGUGCAGAUCGAAGAGCUGGGCAGCGCCCGGUUUCGGGCGGAGUGUCAGGAGGAAAUGCAACAGCAGCUGGUGGCGAAAUGGGAGAAGCAGGGACCAUAUGCAUUGCAAAUGUAUCGCACUAGUAGUAAUCGCAUUUACAAAUUGGCUCAGCAUGACAAAUGGAAUUUGUGAUGCUGUUUUGCCUUGGGAUGGAGAUUUGUAAUGGUGCAUGGCUGCGGUUACUACGAGUGCGAUGCUUUUGCACAGGAUAGGCCAGAAUUUUUCGCGCCCAAGGACCGGAAAUCUGUUACCAAAUGCAAAUAUGUCUGGGUCUGGAAGAUAAUGCAGGUUUUGCAUGACCAAGAGUGUCUGACAUGCAGGACCAGCGUCACAGGUUCUUCGAGGGCGUCACGAUGCCUACUCUGCAUGAGAAAAUUGUCAUGCAGGUUUUCCAUGACCCAUGAGGUCUGGCAUGAAGGACAUAGCAGGAGAGAUUCUGUGAGAGUUCUACCAUGCCUAUCCUGCAUGAGAAACUGCCUCUCGAUUAGGUCAAUUGCGUCUCCGCAUGACACAUUGCGUCUCCGCAUGCAGCAGUUUUGUAUUGUGUUCCGACCAUGUGUCCUAGAUCCUCUCCUCAUGCGUCCUUCUAGAUCUGCGCGCGCUCCACACACACACACACACACACACACACACACACUUCAAUGAUCACAGUAGUUAGACCUUGGUAGGGGCGAGAGAUCCUUAUAAAUGUUUACUAGCGUGAGGAGAAAACCUCCAUAAAAAAUCUUCAUGUUUUUUUUUACUAGCGCUAGCUUUACUACCCUUGUAGACUUUAGAUGCCGCCCCGUACAUACUUUCAUACUGCGUCGCCUAUGUUUUGCGCGACAGCCCCUUUUUUGGCUGGUUUUCCUUGUGUUUUGCGCGGCAGCCCUUUUUUUUUUUUCUUCUGGCUGGCUGGAGAUCCUUUUGCGUAGGGCCCCUAAAGUGGGCAAAAGAACGAAGAGACAUACACAAAAAUGGAGCGACCGAAAAGUGGAAAAGAAGACGGGGGGGGAAAGUAAUAGAAGAAAAAAGGAGAAGACUUGGCUGGGCGGGGCAAAAAAGAAAAAAGGAAAGAUGGGCGGGGGCAUGGGUUGAAGGACAAAAAACACAAGAACUGCAAGUGUCUGGGAUUUUGCAUGCCAGGAGAUUUAUUAGUAGAGUGGCAGGGUUGUUAUUUUAAAGACUGCGCUAAGGCAGCGCCCCCCUUCUCCAAGGGGUCCCCCCGGGGCGGGCGCGGUGGCGGCUCUGCCAACGCGGAGCUUCAAAGUCCGACUCUACCUAUGCGCAUACAAAGGGCGCGCGGAAAUAGGUCGGCAAAGUGCUUGAAAGGGGCAUGCUUUGGGGUUGCCCGUCAUCGUGAUAGGGUCAAUGUGUGUGACCAAUAGGCCCCCCCUAUAUCUAGCGCGCAACCGACCACAGAAGCAGUAGCGUCCAAAGUUUGUAAGAAUAACCCAACAGGGCAACACUGGGGCUCCACCUUGCUCGCGGGCUUGGAUGGUAAAUCAGGUCAGCCACAUCUAGCGCCCACUGGCUGUGCGCACGCGUAAGAAAUCGGAAACGGUUCGGCGGAUGCGGUCGGGUGGUACCUGUAGGACGUGGAACGGGUGUCCACCUAGGGGCAUUGGCAGAGGCUAAAUCUGUUCUAACGCCACGGUAUUGGCAGAGGCUAAAUCUGUUCUAGCGCCACCCUGACAGGAGUCAAAUGUCAAAGCGAUGCGAUGCGAUACCAUUGCCAAAAAUAGUACACAACUUUUGCUGUUUGUGCAAGACAGAUUUUUGUGUGAUCUGGAAUGCGCAUCACAAGUUGCAACCUUCCAGACCCAGACAUAUUUGCAAUGCAUAUCCGUUGAACAGAUGCUGGCAGACGAGACGCGGAAGCUGCAGCUGCGGAACCAGAUGUUAGGUUGAGAGUGCACAGCUCGUGGUCCCCCUCAUGAUCUCCCUCAUUUGUAGUGCAUAUGCAACAAAAGUUGUACCUCCUUCACCACUUGCGUUGAAGCACUGUUCGCAGGACAAAGUUCGUAACCUGAACCAGUACACCUACAGUCCCCGGGUAUAAUCGAAAGUUUGUCAUGCGGAAGACCAUCCAUUUCUGCCGUUGCUUGUGGUGCCGUUGAAGCAUAAUUACAAAUGAGGGGGAGCAAUAAGGGGUGGGGUUCUUGUGCAUGGUCAUAGAUCUCCUGCGAGGUGCUGAAGGCUGCGGCGCGCACGCGGGACCAGGUGGAGAAAGGCCAAAUUGCGGCCGAGGAGAGCCAACGGCGCCAGGAGGAAAUGAUGCAACGCCAGGAGCAGAUCCAGCAGCAGGCCGCGCAGGAGCGCGCGGAGGCGACGCGGCGCAUGAUGGACGCGCAGGAAGCCCACCAGUCGGCCAUGUCCAGCAUGCAGCAGCAGCACGCGCAGGCCAACGCCGCCAUGCAGCAGCAGCUCGUCGAGCUAGCCAACCGCCCGCCGCCGGAGGUCCGCGCCAUCGAGCGUGGCGGCGGGGGCUGCGAAAUCAUGUAAAUCAUGAUAAUUUACUAUUAGCGCCUGUUGUAUACCUCCUCUACCGAUCAGUUUUCAGUACAGCAGCUACUGUGCGACCACGUACAGCUAGGUCUCCGGAUGUCGGGCACAAACCAAAGGUAGCUGUGGUCGUAUUUGAUAUGGUUCAGCGGUAGAACGGUAUUGAUAUAAACGUUUUUGUUCAGAUUUUUUGCGAAUAUCAGACGAACAAAAUGUAAAUGAUAUAGAAGUGUCACCUCCAACGAAGAAUUUUUCUGGAGGGACGUCGCUGAUCUAGUUGCACAUAGAAAAUUUUUGUUGUAACAUCAAUAUGUUUCAAAUUACGCCGUAGAAUAAGAACUUUGUAGAAACAACUAGAAAUAUUACCCUUGUACAUUUAGAUUGAUAGCGUAGGAAUAAGCUACAAACUCACCAGUCUUCUUUCUUUGUUGUCUCUGUACGAUUCACUGAUGGAACAAGAAAGGACUAGAACUAGUACGCGCUCUAUAGUGUCGUGUCGAGGAAAAGUCGUUUCACGAACCCUGCUGCCGGGAAGCAUGGGCGGAUGGAUCGAAGGGGAGCUGCACUCAGGUUUUUGAGUCCACCUUCCCCCGAUCAUAUGUCUCUCAUCUUCGCUGUGUUGAGGUGGAAAUAACGAGAUAGAUCGGUUGUACUUUUCAGAAUUGCACAACUACAACAUCCAUGCCAAAUGAAGAUGACGCAGACAGAUGAAGAAAAGUUUGUGCUGACAAACAU